UCUACUCAAUAAACAUCGUGAAAAACCGACAAGAACUACGCGAUUCUUCUUCUUUCUGUGGCCUCGCCGUGGCAGUGGAUCGAGUUCCUUUCUCUCCGCCGUGGAAAUGGUUCAAAUCUCUACCUUUUGUCCUUUAGCAAUAACAGGGAUGAAAAUGAGCAGAACGAUGUGCAAAGUUGUUACAAGGGUUACGGUUUGAGUUUGAUUUAAAUGUGGAGUGAGAGAGACGUAUGUUGAAUGAUUGAAUCGGAUAUAGGAGUUUAUUCAUAAGAGUUAAAUGAAUUGGCCCUUUUGUGUUGCAAUGAGACAAAACAAAGACCAAAGGUUUUGUUUUGAGAGGAAAAGUUUUAGUUUUGCAGGAAAAAAAACAAUAGUUUCAUAAGAAAAACUAACAGAUACAUUUUCUCAGUUUAUAUAUUUUUACUUACAAACUUUAUUUUCGCUUGCAACGUUUGGAACAUUUCUUUUUGGUGGCACAACGAGGACACACAUCCUCCUUCGCACCGACCUACAUACGGAGCAGAAGCUCUACUUUAUUAUUCCGGUUCACCUACAGGACGAAAACCACAGGUGCUUUUUCUUCUGUCAGUGGCAGCUGAACGCCGGCGUGAGGGGAACAGUUCUCAAGGUGGGAGGGAAGACGCUGCACCGCACGAGGGCGAUGGCGGCGAGCUGGGCCCUUCUGAUGGCUGCCGGCGCCGCGCUCGCUGCGGCUCACGACCACCAUGGGGAGACGGACACCUACCGCGUCAGCAUCGGCCACCUCUUCCUGCUGAGGUGCCUCUCUGCGGACAACCACGCCAACGUGACGUGGAGCAGGGGGGGGGGCGACCCCAGCCUGCCCCCGGGGGUGGAGGUCAGAGAAGGGCUGCUGUGGUUUCUACCUGUGCAGAUGUCUCAUGACGGAGUCUACACCUGUGAGAAAAGGGACCCCCCCGGAGCGCUCAGGGCCACGUUCGGGGUGUCGGUGUCCAGAGGGAAGUGCCCCGACCCGCCUGAGUACAAGUCCCUUUCCCUGGAGGUCCCUGGAAGUCUCUCCUGCAAGCAGAAGGAGAUCUUCCAUCUGAAGAGCACCAGGAACGUGCGCUGGAUGAAGGACUGCCGGCCCAUGGAGGGGGGGGGACACGUCACCGUGGACCACGGCGGCCUCAUGAGGCUCUCUGCCGCCUCUCGGGGGGAUUCUGGGAAUUACACCUGCCUGGUCGACGUCAGCGUGGACGGCCGGACGUACACCGCCGCACGCAGCAUCCGGGUGACCGUUGACAAGGGGAUCGAGGGUACGCUCGCUGUGAAGCCCGAGGUGGUUUACCCUCAACACAAAGUGCUGUUGGUCCAAGAAGGGGCGAGGGUGGAGCUGGAGUGCUUGGCCUCCAUCGGCUUCAGCGAGGACCCGGAGACGUCCAUGUACUGGACGGUGAACGAGACGGACACCGACGGGCACGAGGAACUCCACGACUCCUGGAAAUUUGUUCACCACAGAGGGAGGGUGUUCGGGGAGUCCACCCUCUCCAUCUCUAACGUCCGCCGCCACUUCCUGAAUGUGCCCAUUUUCUGCUGGGUGCUGAACCCGGGCGGAUCCCACAAGGGUGACGUGUGGCUUCAAGAAGCCGACCACAGGGCCCUCUACACCGCCGUGGCCCUCGGCCUCUCCUCCUCCCUGGCUCUCGUGCUGCUCUUCGCGGUCCUCGUCUUCUUCAGAGUGGACCUGGUGUUGGCCCACAGGAAGCUGCUGAGGACCUUUUCCAAGCGAGCUCUCGAUGGGAAGCUUUACGACGCCUACGUCAGCUUCCUCCCGCCCGACGGCCCGGGGUCAGCUGAGGCGGCGAGCCUGGCCCUGGGGCUCCUUCCCGAGGAGCUGGAGGAACAACACGGCUACUCCCUGUACAUCCCGGGACGGGACGACUGCCCCGGGGAAGCGGUGCACGACGCCGUCGCCGCCACGGUGCGGCGCUGCCGCAGGCUGAUCAUCAUCAUAUCACCUGAGGCGAACCCGCCCCCCGAUGGAAGAACGGAGCCCCGGCUGUGCUACGAGCAGAAGGUCGGCCUCCAUGACGCGCUGACCUCCAACGACCCCCGGGUCAUCCUGGUGGAAGUGGGCGGCCCCGUGGACUACAGCCGCCUGCCCGAGUCGCUGCGCUACGUCAGGAGGAGGCAUGGCGCCCUGCGGUGGAGGAGCACCCGCGGAGCCAGUAGGAGCUUCUGGAAGAGUCUGCGGUACCACAUGCCCUCGGUGCCGUCGGGGGGCGCCCGGCCGCCAUCUGAACUCAGCCACAGGCGGACCGCCAGGCUUUUGAGGAACCCCUGUGUGAGGACGUGUUCUGACGUGUUCUGACGUGUUCUCAUCAUCGCACAUGUGUUUCCUCUCAGACCAGCCAGGGUGAGACAGCAGGAGUGGGGGGGGGGGGGGAUCGUAACUGAACAUUCAAGAGGGCGGAAGGACCAGAUGACCCCCCCCUCAGACGAGGUCAUUGGGGUCAUGUAGCACAUUAGUGAGUAAAUUCCUGGAUUUGAAUUGUCAAAUGUUCUCAGAAGGUUCCUCACUGAGUGAAGUGUCGCCAUAUUCUGUAAUGCUAAGGAAAGGAGCCUCAAUGCUUCCUUACUCCUUCAGCAUAGGAACCAUGGACCAAAGGAAAGGAGAUGAUUGCUGGCGGAGGGAAUGUUCAAAUAGAGACGUGUCAUUGGUCCGUUCAGGAGAAACGACGAUCGUGACGUAGAAACGCAGAUCAUGUGACUCACUCGUUUACGUUAAUACCGUUUUCCUUUGAAGCUGGUUGUUUGUGUGUCCGCACGACUCACACUAACCGCUGCAGACUGACGUCACCCGUCCUUUCCCGUCUCCUCAUCAACUCUCCUAACCACCUUUCCUUCACCCCGUGACCUUUUCCACAGAGGUCAAUGUGGUUAGGAACAAAUGUUAGGAGGUCAUUUCUUUGACUAUUUGAAUCCAGCCUUAGUUUAACCUGUUAACGGCGGUGGCUGUUAACGGCGGUGGCUGUUAACGGCGGUGGCUGUUAACGGCGGUGGCUGUUAACGGCGGUGGUUGUUAACGGCGGUGGUUGUUAACGGCGGUGGCUGUUAACGGCGGUGGCUGUUAACGGCGGUGGCUGUUAACGGCGGUGGCUGUUAACGGCGGUGGCUGUUAACGGCGGUGGCUGUUAACGGCGGUGGCUGUUAACGGCGGUGGCUGUUAACGGCGGUGGCUGUUAAGACAUCGGAACCCACACACAGAAUCUCCCUGCUGUCAUUUCCUGUCUUCAGAGGAACUUGAGGUUUUCUUAUCUUUUUCACGUUGAAUCUUUGCUCAUCGUCUUUCUCAGUUGUCUUCUUAUGAAUAAAUAUUCAUUGCACCAGUUUGUUUGUUUAUUGGCUCUAAAGUUUGAAUUGCAUCAAAUGUUUGAUAAUUCUUGCAAAUCCAUUAAAAGUUGAACUGAAAACGA